AUGUUCGAAUCAAAUACAGAUAAUGAUGAACUUAAUAACUUGGAAAAAAUAAAUGCAGUUUUGAAAAAAGAUGUUACACAUUUCAAGGAAAGAGAAGCAAUUCUAAGAAAGAUUCAAUUAUAUCAAGCUAAAAUUUCAAGUGCACAAUAUUCAUUUGCGGGGGCUGCAUUUGAGGAAACAAAGAGAGAAAAAAGGGCAGUUGAACAACUUCUUCAAGAAAAUCAACUUGUUAAUGACAAAAGAAAGGGGGUGUAUUCCAGUUGGCAUAGUGCACAAGAAUGUAAACUUCAACAGCUAUCUAAUAAAUUAAAAAGAUUGAAUGAUAAAACAGAUGAAAUAUAUAAGGAAUUAUCAACUAUUAAAAGAGCUAAUUACAGAGGAGAACAAAUCACACAAAUUAGAUUGGAAGUUUCUCAACUAGAAAAUUCAAUUAAACAACAAUUAUUUAAACAAAGGAAAAUUGAUUUACAAUGUGAAAUUGAUUUGUCCAAAUCAAUUAAAGAAAAAGAAAUUUUCCUAGAAGAAACCCUUUUAGAUCAGAACUUAACUCAAGUUUUGAAAGAUGAUGGUGAGUUAGGUAGCCAAAUACAAGAAAAGAAAGAUAUUUUGAGGCAAACAUCUGAUAGACUUGUCACCAGAAGAUUUGAUGAAAUUGAAGAAAAGAAGACAUAUCAUUGCCAAGAAUCAGAUAAGUUGAUAAAUAAACUUGAUGAUAUAUCACAAAAAAUGACAUUAGAAGAAAUUAGAAAUGCUAUUGAUCAUGAAAAAGAAAAUAUAAACCUUUAUAAUGAGGUUGAUCCUAACAUUAUAGAUUCAUACAAUGAAAGACAAGCUCAAAUUGUUUUCCUUAGAUCUCAAAAAGAAAAAAGAGAAUUAUCAUUAAAAGAACUAAAUGAUGAAAUUGCAAAGGAAAAGGAGCAAUGGGAUCCUAAAUUAUAUGAAUUGGUUAGAAAAAUUGGUGAACUCUUUUCAAAUGCAUUUAAUAAAAUCGGAUGUACUGGUGAAGUGCAUAUCAACACUCAUGAAGAUUAUGAUAAAUGGGAUAUAAAUAUUCUGGAAAGAUCUGUAUCAACUAUCAUGUAUUUAAUGGCAUUACAAGAAUUGGCCAAAACACCAUUUUGUGUUGUUGAGAUUAACCAAGGAAUGGAUCCUAAAAAUGAAUACUUAGUUCAUAAUCAUAUGAUUGAAACUUCAUGUCAUCAACCUUCACACCAAUCUAAAGAAUCAUCUGCCAGCGGAAAAGAAAAUUCAAGUGAUUCAUCUGAUUCAUCUGAUUCUGAUAGUUCUUCUGAUAGUUCUUCUGAUAGUUCCUCUGAUAGUUCUCCUGAUAGUUCUUCUGAUAGUGAAAGUAAAGAUGGUAGAGGCGAUGUUGGUAAAGGCAAUCCUGGUAAAGAUGAUGACGACAGUGAUGGCUCAACUUCAUCCUCAAAUACUAAGAAUUAUAAAAUGCUAUUGGAAAAUUACAACAGGCUUGUUAAUAAUUAUAAUGAUCUAAAAAAUGACAACAAUAAUCUAAGUAAUAAAAUUGAAAAUAUGUCAAUAGUAAUGAAUAAUUUGUUAGAAGAAAUGAAAAGUAUUAAUAGGAAUAAUAGUAGUAAUGAAUAUCAAGUUACGGAGAAUAUUAAGAGAAUAAUCAAAGAUGCAUAUCGACGAGACUUGUUUGUCAAAGAGAAAUAUCCUCAAGAUGUAGUUAUUGAAAAAUUCACUCGUCAAACAUUAAUGAACAAUUUUCCAGAUGACGAAAGAUACAGUGAAAGAGAGAAGUGGGAUGUUGUGUGGUUUACUCUUAGAGGACCUUCUUUAGAAUUGUUUAGAAUAAUUAGAGGGAACGCUGUGAGAAGAAUUAAAACUACAUUAUUUCAAAAAUUUAAGAAGUUGGAGGCGAUAAACAAUGACGCGUCUAUGAAUCAAAUAUUGGAGUGGAAAAACAAAAAACCAACAAGAGAUGUUCUCUUAUUAUUAAAUGAAAUUGAGGAAGAUGAAGAUCGAACUUAUUUAGAAGUCAUUACACGACUUGCAUUUUCUCAUGAUAAAGAUAAUAAAAUUAUGACAACAGAAAGUGAGAGUAGCGGUGGUAUCGUUAGAAUAAUUAAAGAUUUAGCCAGUGGAACUGUCGGAGGAAUUUGCCAAGUGUUAGUUGGGCAGAGACUCCAAACGCAACCAACACCAAAACUUGGUGAACAACCAAGGUUUACUGGAAUGUUGGAUUGUGUUCAAAAAACCAAGAAAAAUGAAGGAUUUAGAGCUUUUUACAAGGGAACUACAACUCCAUUGGUUGGUGUUGGUGCAUGUGUUUCCAUUCAAUUUGGGGCAUUGGAAUUUAUGAAAAGGUUCUUUAACGAAAGGAAUGGAUACACUGGUGGUUUAACUAGCCCUCAAUUAUAUUUAGCUGGUGCCAUCGCAGGAAUUGCUAAUUCUGUGGUGUCUGGUCCUGUUGAACAUAUUCGUACACGACUUCAGGUUCAAAUCACAUCCACCACUGAUAUUAAACCAUCAUCAAAAGCAGUUUCAACAAAAAUAUACUCUGGGCCAAUUGAUUGCAUUAGGCAGAUAUAUUCUUCAUAUGGCAUGAAGGGAAUAUAUAAAGGACAAACCAUAACAAUGAUUCGAGAAUUUCAAGGUUAUGGUGCGUACUUUCUUGUUUACGAAUAUCUUUUUCAAAAAGCAAUGUCAAGAGAGCAAAAGAAACGCAGCGAGAUUGAAAGUUGGAAAUCGUGUUUAUAUGGCGCGGCAGCAGGAUAUGGAAUGUGGUUGUCAGUUUACCCAGUGGAUGUGAUUAAAAGUAAAAUACAAACUGACGGAUUUAGUGGAGAGGAAAGACAAUAUAAAGGAAUAAUAGAUUGCGCCAGAAAAACUUUUCGCAAAGAAGGAAUCAAUGGAUUCUUCAAGGGUUUUGGUACUUGUAUUCUACGUGCUGGUCCUGUUAAUGCAUCUACUUUUGUGGCAUUCGAAAUGGCAAUGAGAGUCUUUGAUAAAUUAUAA